AUGGCUAACCGCUUGUUUGCAUCCGUGGUAGCCGUUAUUCUGGCAAUCAGCGCAAUCUACUACCAGGAACUUUUGGAUACGAUUUAUCCAAGUGACAAAAUAAAAGUGGUGGACACCACGCGAGAUAUCACUUACCUUGGCAGUCUAUCCCCUGCUGGAAUUGAACAUUUCCAAAACAUUUUCUAUGCAGAGGAACCCACGGGACUGCGACGUUUCGCAGCGCCGGUUCCAACGAGACCAGUGAAAGGGUCUAUCAUCGACGCCACCCAGGCUGGUGCCUGGUGUCCACAAGGAACGGGAGAUAUACUCCCGUUCACGAGUAGUGUGACCAACAUCAGCGAAAAUUGUCUGAGCUUGAGAAUUGCGAGACCGGCAGGAACGCAGAAAGAUGCUAAGUUUCCAGUUGCGCUUUGGAUUCAUGGAGGUGGCCAUGCUUUAGGCUCAGCUUCCGAUAUCCUUUACGAGCCUGAUGGCUUGGUAAAGCUGGCUGCUGCUGAUGGGCUCCCGCUGGUAUAUGUUGGCAUAAAUUAUCGCCUGGGCUUAUUUGGCUUCGCAACUAGUCGAGCAUUGAUUGAGAGGAAAGACACAAAUGCAGGGCUUCGGGAUCAGCGCGCUGCUUUGGAGUGGGUCCGCAAUAACAUCGAGUCAUUCGGCGGUGACCCUAAUAGAGUGACCGUCAUUGGACAAAGCGUCGGGGCUAGUGACAUCGGUCUGCAGCUAACGGCCUUUGGAGGUGAUCAAGAUGUUCCAUUUCAGCAAGCAGUAAUGAUGUCUGGAGGUCCGGGACUGAACUUCAACAGCCAACCAGACCUAGUUGCAAGCAACACGGCUGCUGUUGCACAGCAAGUAGGAUGUGCUAGUGACAACGAUUUGCAGACACUCGAAUGUCUUCGAGGGGUUCCCUUUGAACAACUAACCAACCUAUCGGUUACUGCAUCUCGGGCAGCCCGUCCGCCUUUCGGUGAAGCUUAUUUUUACCCAACGAUCGACAAUGACUUCAUUCAAGAUAGACCCUCGCAGUUGAUACGUGCAGGAAAGUUCACCAAGGGAAUACCCCUGAUAGCUUCCUGGGUCACAAAUGAUGGCGCUUGGUAUGCGCCGCCGACAACUGCGACGGACGACGAAGUCCUAGGGAGUUUUGGACUAUGGCUGCACAAACUUUCAACAUCCACGAAAGAGAAACUCCUACAGCUGUAUCCUCUAGAGGACUUCAAGCACAUGAUCAAGUCAGAGCAUGAAGGUCAAAUUUCACCGCAGUACUAUCGCGCUGCACAGCUGAACCGCGACAUCUGGUUCACUUGCCCUGUCCUUGACUUUACAUGGCAGUACGUCAAAAAUGGGGGUGUGGCAGCCUCCCAAGUGCGGCUGUACGAAUUCAACGAAACCAGAUACGCGCCAGUCUUUGAUUCCAUGGGUGUGUCAAUGUGGGGUGUCGCUCAUCUCAGCGAUAUCCCUUACCUAUUCUACAAUGACGACCUACGGGCCGGUGCAGAUAACUCGGACCCACAGCUUGCGUUGGCUCGGGAUUUUAGCCGGAAGAUUAUUCGGUUUGUGCAUGGCAGUUCUAAAGAGGCGGACGAUGAACUUCAGUCCUGGCCGCCUGCUUUCUCGGAUGACUUUUCAAAAGGUUCAUUAAGCGAUAUGCCUAGUCAUAUCUCAUUGCAGCUGUUUGGUGGCCCUCAUGGAUCAGUGCCUACUACAUGUAGCGAAGACAUUGGGGCUGAUAUUGAGGCCCUUACCGACGCAGAGAAAGCGCUUCAUUGGGAAAAGUUGUUCAGUCGCUGUGCAUUUCUCAAUGGGCAGCAAUUUAGAGAGGAAGCCGGGGUGUGA